AAAUAUUUAUGCUUCAUUAAAUUGUAUUGGUUUUUUCGGUGGUAUUUUUUCUUAGUCUCUUUCUUCUGGUUGUAACCUGUUUUUCCUUCUUCGUCCUUCUGUCACGGUAGGUAGGUGUCAAUGUCUAAAUCAUGCAUGCCAACCAAAGAUUCAUCCAUUCACACUUUCUCAAGUCGUAAAUUGUAGCACCUUCGUGCAAGAUAUUUCCCCGUACAUGUAAUCAUGCAUACAUAGAUUUACAUCGAAGGAAUCAUGACCCCCUCAAAAAAGUUACAGAGCAAUGGCGGCACCCAGGACACCGGCGAAGACGGCGCCCACAAGACCAACCUCACGGAUGGCCGCGCCAGCCGUGGCCACGGCCGUGGCUGAAGAGGACGACGAGGUCUUGGAGCUGCUGGAGGAAGAAGAAGAGGAGGAGGUGGUGGCAGCGGCGGCGGUGGUCUUGGAGGAGCUGCUACCGGUCUCGCUGCUGCUGCCGGAAUCCCCGGUGGCGGACGCGGUGGCAGAUGCCACGGCGCCGUCCGAGGUGCACACGGGCAAGGAAGAGGCGUCGCCGGCGAGCUCGGUGCACUCCGCAAUAGCGGAGCUGA